AUGGCAGCCCUCGGCGAGGAUCUGCUCAGCACCGUCAACAAGCUGCAGGAUCUCGUCUUCAACACCAUUGGAAAUGAUUCUCUAGACCUUCCCCAGAUUGUUGUUGUCGGAUCCCAGUCUGCAGGUAAAUCCUCCGUUCUCGAGAACAUUGUGGGCCGCGACUUUCUGCCCCGUGGCAGCGGCAUCUGCACUCGACGACCUCUGAUUCUGCAGCUCGUCAAUGUAGCCGAAGACGAGGAUGCUCCCGAUCCCGCAAGCGACCCCUUCAAGUCGCCCCUGGCGGCUCGCCGCUCCGAGUGGGCUGAGUUUCACCACAUCCCCAACAGGAGGUUUACAGACUUUUCGGACGUGAAGCGCGAGAUUGAGAACGAAACAUCACGAGUAGCCGGCAACAACAAGGGCAUCAACCGACAACCCAUCAACCUCAAGGUCUACUCGCCGCAUGUGCUGAACCUGACGCUGGUGGAUCUGCCAGGUUUGACCAAGGUUCCCAUCGGCGACCAACCAAGCGACAUUGAGAAGCAGACCCGAACUCUGAUCUCCGAGUACAUUGCCAAGCCCAACAGCAUCAUUCUCGCUGUCUCCCCUGCCAACGUUGACCUUGUCAACUCGGAGGCGCUCAAGCUCGCCCGUCAUGUCGACCCUCUCGGCCGUCGCACCAUUGGUGUGCUCACCAAAAUCGAUCUGAUGGACCAUGGUACAAACGCUCUGGAUAUUCUUUCGGGCCGAGUCUAUCCCUUGAAGCUGGGCUUCAUCGGUGUCGUCAACCGCUCGCAGCAGGACAUUCAGGGCAACAAGCCCAUGGAAGAGGCUAUCCAGGCCGAGACUGACUUCUUCAAGCACCAUCCUGCCUACCGGAACAUCGCGAACCGAUGCGGUACGCACUUUCUCGCCAAGACCCUCAACACCACACUCAUGUCUCAUAUCCGCGAGCGCCUCCCUGACAUCAAGGCACGCCUGAACACUCUGAUGGGCCAGACGCAACAGGAGCUGGCCACCUAUGGUGACAUGCAGUUCAGCGGCAAGGAGCACCGUGGGUCGCUUAUCCUGCAACAGAUGACCCGAUUCGCGACAUCUUUCACAUCGUCCAUCGAUGGUACUUCGUCCAACAUUUCCACCAAGGAGCUCAGCGGCGGCGCCCGCAUCUACUACAUUUUCAAUUCCGUCUUUGGCAGCUCGCUCGAGUCCAUCGACCCCACGUCUAACCUAACAGCUCUCGAUAUCAGGACCGCAAUCCGCAACUCGACCGGUCCCCGUCCCAGCCUCUUCGUUCCGGAGAUGGCUUUCGAUCUCCUCGUCAAACCCCAGAUCAAGAUGCUGGAGAUCCCUUCGCAACGCUGCGUGGAGCUAGUGUAUGAGGAGUUGAUCAAGAUCUGCCACACCUGUGGCUCAACAGAACUUUCUCGGUUCCCAAGGCUACAGGGCAAGCUCAUCGAGACUGUUUCGGAUCUGCUGCGGGAGAGACUCGGGCCUACGUCCAACUACGUUGAAUCGCUCAUCUCGAUCCAGCGCGCAUACAUCAACACAAACCAUCCCAACUUCCUCGGCGCCGCCGCUGCCAUGAGCAACGUCGUCGGUGCUCGACAAGAGAAGGAGCGCCAACGGUUGAUCCAGGAGGAGCGGGAACGUCGCGAGAAACGCCGUCUGAAGGAGAUUGGCACAAACGGCACCGAGCCUGGCGACGAAGAGGAGGAGACCCGCACAGAGAAGGCUGAGAUUCCCAGCCGGAAACAGAUCACAAACCCCAAAAGGAGUCUGUCGCCUGCUGUGCGACCACAUACUAGCAUCGGAUCCGCCAUCAACGGUGUGGCUCGCUCGGCAUCCCCGUCACGGCUGAACCCCAACGGCCAGGGCUUGCACAACGCCCGCGACUCCUUCCUGACAUACUUCUUUGGCAAGGACGGUCAAGCAAUGACGAGUAGCACCUCCUCAGCGCCCGGCCACAGGCAUAUCAGCCAGUCGUCGGAAGCCGGGCUCCCGAGCAUCCGCAGAGAGGAGAAUCUGAAGCUGCCGAUUCGCUCACCUUAUGGCUACGAAGAUGAUCAUGACAACAAGGGCCUAGCAUCGCACUAUGGCGGUGAAUCUAACGAGCCUGCCUUGACAGACCGUGAGGCCAUGGAGACGGAGCUCAUCCGUGCGCUCAUCUCCUCCUACUUCAACAUUGUCCGCGAGUCCAUUGCGGACCAGGUACCCAAGGCCGUUAUGCACCUCUUGGUCAACCACUGCAAGGAUGUUGUGCAGAACCGCCUCGUGACUGAGCUAUACAGGGAGAGUCUUUUCGAAGAGCUGCUAUACGAAGAUGACACGGUGAAGAAAGACCGCGAGAAGUGCGAGAAGCUGCUUGAUACGUAUAGAGAAGCCGCCAAGAUAAUUGGCGAGGUUGUAUAG